AUGAAACCGCUGCGCACGGCUUGUCGGCGCUUCAGAUUCAGCAAUUGGUUGGUACUGUCACGACCAAUAGAUGAAAAGUGUCCCGUUUGGAGAAUACUUUUCCUGCGACAUCAGAGGGUUUACCAACGAAUCAAACAGGCAAGGGACCCUUCGAAAUUUACACAUCUGAUGACAUCCCGUAUUGAGCGCUCAUAUCUAACCUUUUCUUUUCUGUAUUGUCUUCUGAAUGAACGCCACUGUCUGUUCUGGCACUGCAUAUUUUCCACUCCCCAACUUACCGCGCUGCAGAGCCUCGGGGUGAUUCUAUACAUACUCGUCUGCGGAUCAUUUCCAUUCCCCGGUGAAUCGCUCGGUGACAUUCGUACUCAGGUUUUACGAGGCUUGGUCCGUUUCCCGUUCUUCCUAUCAACCGCUUGUGAGCAAGUCAUUCGUUGCAUGCUUCAGGUGGAUCCAGCACGUCGAUUCAAGUUAAAGCAAAUUAUCAGCAUGCCUUGGAUGCAAGCCUCCCCCAAUGUUGCACACUAUCAGGCCACGAUGAUAAAAUUUGAAGAAAAGGCGAAAGAACGGCAUUUCGACGAAAUUUUCCGCCGUCAGUACCCAGAACACAGUGAGUUGGUCAAAUUCGAGCAGGUGGAACGCGCCGAACGUCGACUAGAUGCUGGAGUUCUUCGAGCUCUUGCCAUCGGAGUGGGAUUUGAUGAAUCCCAGGUACGAACAUCUACCCUACAGAACAAAUGUGAUCGAUUCCACGCUGCUUACCAGCUAUUGGUGGAAAAAAUCCGCCGUUUUAGUCGAAAUCCGCAUCUUUGUCAGGCGGUCAACGACGCUGUUUACGCCCCAAAACUUCGACGUCGGAGUAGCGGGCUUCUUGGUCGGCGCUCAUCAUCCAUCAGUUCCAGUCCUGUGGGAAUAAACUGUCCGGCGAUGCUCAGCCACAAUACUAGUGGGGCAUCCAUUGAAUUGAGUGAGACCAGUACUAUUCGUCACGGCGUCCAGCUAGCCACGGUUCCUGAUGUGAUUGACGAGGCAAUGGCUGAGGCGGAAAAUGAAACGGCUGAAUCUGGCACCGUGACAGAUAACCUGGUUUCAACUACUGGUACAGCGACCUCCCACUCGCCUUCUAUUGGUUCGUCAUCUGCGUUGCAUGACAGAGCAAAAGACUGGUACAGUCAAUCUCAGCCUGGAUGCGUCGAAUUGAAUGUGGCGCUCUUCAUUCUAAAGGCUGAUGAAGACGCUUUGCUACUCCAGCUUGGUGUGGUCAGCCCACUGGUAGCAGCUGUUCCAAUCAGCAACGCAGUACGCAGACAUACUGUCCAAUUGACUGGCUCUCCACUCGCACCUCAAUCUCACAUUCCCCAUUCAGGCACCGAAACAAAUCAGGCUAACACGAAGGAUCAAGGAAUGAACCAAGGCGAGAGCUCACAUAGGCUUCCUUCGCAUCCUUUCUCCAGACAGACGACACAACCGCAUAUCGGUGGGUUACAGCACUAUAAAGACCAAGUUGAACGUCACGAAGCCAUGAUUCGAACCGCCUUGAACUGGAUGCCGGAUCCACUGCAUUUCGGUAGAGAGUUCUCUCCCAGUGACGAAACCGACUCAAAUCGUACUACUAGACACCCUCAUGCUAUUGGUAAGCGCCCUCUGGACCUCCCGUCCCUGGAAUUGGGUCAGGAGGCAGCAACCACCCGUCCGCCAGACCGCCCUCUUCGUCCUGGACUGCAGCGUGGCUCCUCUAUGCAAGAUUCUGAUGACGAGCAUGUGGAAACAACCAUACAGGAACGCGGUUGUCAGUCCCAAGCUGAACAGACUCAAGCUACAUCUGAGGGUGCUCACUUCGGUGAAAGUUCGUCACUUGCUCAGGCUGCAGAUGCUCAACCCAGUUCCUCACAACACUCUUCAUCUAAAAUGCCUCCAUGGGACCUUGAUGUACGAGAUGGCGCAUACUUCGAUCGCAAGCCGACUGCAAAACUGGCAGACUCUACCGACGAACCCACCUGGAACCCGGUGGCAAUGGAGACGGACCCAGUCGAACACUCCGCUAAACUGCCCACCGAUGAGGUAGGAAGUGUAGCUGAACGAGGCUACUGGUCUAGUGCACACGUGGAACCUGAUGGAGACGAGGAAUCUGUUACUUUGCACACGUGGAACCUGAUGGAGACGAGGAGGAAUCUGUUGCUCUGGCUCAACUUGCCUGCCAAUUUGCCUGCAAUGAUUCAUCAACCGGUUGCUAAAUUCACCGUCAAGGAUCCGCAUUUGCUCGCUCCGCCCGAGUUUAUGACACCUCAGUGUUCCAGUUUUCCCCGUCGUUCUUCUGACGGAGCUGCUGAACUUCAGCCUCUUCAGCGACCUGGCCUUACCGUUGGCGGGAGUUAUCCAGAACAGACGAACUACAGAAAUAUGCACUCCGGUUCGGAGACGGACACAUCUACCCUGAAGACUUCACCAACUAAUGAACCAAUGUGUUGCUAUCCACACCAGCCAUCUGGGCAAUCCGCUGCGCUCGAUCUCACGCAGAAACCCCUGACUGCUGCGCACACAGAGCCAGAUCGUGUGACCACAGUCAACGAUGGAUCGACAUCGACAGUCUCAGCUGAGCGAUCAACUGAACGUCACCAGUGUCACCCACCACCCAGGUCUAUACGUCCUGUGGGCACAAAACUUCGUGCCUCGCCAGCGGUACUCGCAGCCCAGCAACGUUCCUUGUUUAGCGCUCUGCGUUCUUCUUCAACCACAACAUCUCGUACCACAGGAACCUGGUGGAGACCACCAGGAGCUGAGAAAGCACCCGAGCCAGCAGAUAGCAGUGAAUUCGAAGGGGACGAACGACAGAAGACUGAAGCUUUAGAGGCUCAACUAACACGAUACCAAAAGCNGGUUCAGUUUGCCUUGCUUGGGGACCCUUGUCAAUCCACGGCCACUGGAUGCACUUGUCACCAUCCGCUCACUCCUGAAAUGGCUCAAGAAAUUCACCAAUUGUUUGCAAAUAAGCCCGCUACGAUGGCUGAGUGGCCUCAAUUGACCUCGAAAAGCACCUGGACCUGGAACUCGUCCAGUUGCCCCCGUCGUGGUAGCGAAGCCAGUCAAAUGAUCGCCUGGAAACAUAAAUUGAAUCAGUGCGGCUACUUACGUGACCCGAGCGUGGAUGAAUCCAUUCCGUUCGAUACCACCGCUGUGCUAGCGAAUACAUCACAUCCGCUGCCCGGUCCGGAUUCCGAUCCGAACACGCAAUUCAUGGUGAAAGACUCCAAAGAAGCCACCUUCGUUCAACCGCCCGAUAGUGCAGACUCACUUGGCGUUGCGCCCAACUCGGGCUGUUUGUCCUCAGAAGUCGGAGAGCCCAUAGGUCAUCACGACCGUCAAUCGAUGUUGUCAGCGGACUGGCCUGAAUUAGACAGCGCUGGUCAACCCCAAUCUCUGUUGCCGCAACCUAGUCCACCCGGUAUUCAUCUGAGUGAACUGAAGACGGAGUUACACAAGUUGGAAUCGGAAAGUGAGACAAAUCUCUGCUCCCGAGAUCGCACAGGAGAUACAAUGAAAUUGAGUGUCGUCGCAUCUGCAGGUGCGUCGAAUCCACAAGCUUUCACACGGUUCCUGAGGCGAUUUCGCCGCUCGCAAGAAGGUACCACAUGUCCGAUUUCCUACAGUCCAGCCGAGUUGCCAGGCUGGUCACAGAGACCGCCAUCUAGCCGCAAUUCACGCCGAGCCUCUUCGGUUGCGUCAACUACAGUCGACAGAGAACCACCUCCGCUUUCGUACAGUGGAACGGAUGGCGAAGCCAAUGAUAUGGUGCAUAGACGUCAUCGGUACUCCGUUGGUAGUAGCCUAGAACAUACCUUCAGUGAUCAGGGAGACUUUCCUUUGAUAGUUCCAAGGAAUUUCCCUCCUCCUUUGAGUUGCCAGCCCUCGGUCACUGGCUUGCACUCACAAUCGGUUACUCACCAUCGAUCCGUCGCACCAACGUUGUCCAAUCCUGAUCAUCCGUACCCCAGUGAUCAGCUGCACGCCUCCUACUUGUUUGGAUCCCACCUUCCAGUUGCCUUAGAUGUGAAUCGCACCGCUUUGAGCAGCCCUGGGCCAAGUUCGGGCAUGACACCUAUGGAGUUCCCAAUGCUUGUGGACUCGACUGGCUCUGUACACACAUCUAUGCCGUCAAGCGCUCAGAAACAAUUCUCUCAGGUCACAGAGGCAGUGGAGACUAUUGUGGCGCCAGCCAGCACCGGGAUGAAACGGCGCCUGCUCGGUACUUCACACCAAUCGAAACAAUCGCAUGACUAUCUGCGUACGUUACAGCAUCCCGGAGGUUCCCUAGAUCGACGUUGGGAUUUCGACUUCCUCACAAGCCCAAAGAGAAAAAUUUAUCAGGAAUGGCUUCCGAAAGUCACAGCAUUCUCUCGUAAAGCUGCUGUGACCAUGCUUCAAGCAGUUCACUCGCGGGAAACACGAUCCCACGAUACAGGAAAAAGUGAAACUGAGCCACCGGUGAUUGUCUCUUCCCCUGGGCUACUCGACCUCUCAUCGGUUAGUCCGACCUCUCCGCGUAUAGCAACUGCACCUCAAAUCCCUUCUGCGCCGAUGUCUACCCAUUCUUCCACUGCAGCAUCUUUAGGCAAUAUGGAUCAGGAAUCGGAUGACCACUUCGAUGAAGAUGCCGAAGAUCUUGAAGAGGAACGAGAAUGUCAGCUUGCCCCGCUUCAAUCACAUCUUGCUCUCCCCACCCGUACUCGCUCGACGUUCACGUCCCUUCCUGUGGGUUCCAUGGAACCCACAUCACCACUCCUACCGCUGUAUGUUCCCGAUCAUUCUCAGCAGGCUCCAACUCAAUUUACCGGAUCACGUCUACCCGCAACCUACCCUACUUCAUCUUCCUUCCCACUGACUGUCCCAACCGACUUCCAAUCGCCGACAUUAAUGUUUUUUCAUCCCGGUGACGAUGACGAUGACUUGGCUGAAAUUGACCGAGUUAACCGGCGACUCGCUAUGAGUGGCGGUUUGCUCGAGUUCAGUGAUACACCAGCCUAUAUGGGAUGCCCAUCUACACGCACCUUUCUCUCGCGCCCUCCACCACAGAUGUUUCCAUCUUCUGCUUCCGCUACGUGCUCAUUUCAACCAGAAGUUUCUCCGCAUGAAGCAUCCCCAAGUGGCCCCUCCAGUCACUCCCAAGCACCGCAGUGAUGACAUAACUAUUUUUGCUUUUAUCCCUCACAAUCGUGUUUUGUGUUUGUUCUAUCGCCCAGUGAUAUCACUUCAAGUCACCUCAUCUUUGUCUUUUUGACUUCAAUACAUUCUCAUUAUUACUGUGACGACUCACCCUUUUCGACCAUUUUCCCUCGUAAGAAUGCUCGUUUGGCAACCAGUUUGCAUAAUUUGCUCUUUUUCAUCUCUCCCGGAUGAAUUUAUUUGUUCGUUUUGUUUGCCUGUUUUAGGCUGUGCAUGAAUGUGCUUUUUGUGUGUGGAACGCCUCUG